AUGCCGUCAGGAGAAAUGUGCUUUAUUCUGUAUUGUUCAAUAGGUGGAUCGAUGGAUUUAAAUGAAUCAAUUGAACUGGACAAAGAAGAUAUAUUAAUAUUUAUUGCAUUUACAAAUGCUUGGUCACAAUCUCGUUGUUUAUGCUUAUGUCGUGAUUCUGCUACAGUCGAACAUUUUUCAUCUAUUGUUGAAUAUGUUCUUCAACUCUCUAUUCAAAUAAUACAAUCAUUUACUGUUGAAAGUCCUGCUAAUGAUUCUACAGAUCCUCAACUAAUUUCGUACAGCAAUAUUUUAACAACAACAGCCGUCGGUACUGAUCAUUGGACAUUGGAUGAAAAAGAAAAAUUACUUACUUGUGUAUCACGAUGUUUAUCAUUGAGUUUACCAUUGUAUACUAGUAGUCGUAUACCGUCUUAUCAGCAUCACGUUCAGCACUUUCAAGAGCAACAUAAUUCUGGUUCAUCGUCACCAUCGUCUGAUUUUAAAACAUUUUUACAAUCGUAUGUUAAUCUCGAUCAACAUCAUCAUUCAACCGCGUCACUCUAUCUCUUUCGUCAUAUUUGUACAUUUUGUGAGCAUCACGGACUUCAAGCGAUUAAACAAUGUUUUGAGUGUGUCAAAUCUACCCAACAAUUACCAUUAACUAUCGCUCAUUGUCUAUUUUUGAUCUUAACAAAUUUAAGACAAUUCAUAAAUCUUGAUUUAAUCAAAACUUAUUUGUUACCAUUACGACAGCAUGCUAUUCGGUAUAUGUGUAUGUUAGACGAUAAUGAAUUACGUGUAUGUGGACAAAGGAAUACAAAUGAUUUGUUGUAUGCUGCACUCAAAGAUCUUUAUGUUUCACCUUAUCGUCAACGGUCAUCAUCUUCGACUUCUUCAUCCUUAUUAUCAACAACAUUUACAAAACAUUUGCAUACACAAAAUUAUCAUCAUGAUAAAUUAAUACUAACAUUAGCAUUGAAAUAUUUAACAUGUUCAACACUCACAAUUCGUUUGACGGGCAUAGCGCAUAUUAAUAAUCAAAUUCAAACAUGCCUCGAGUAUUCACAAUAUCGUCAUCAUCGUAAACAUCAAUUGUCAUGUUGUACACCACAACAGCAACAACAAUUAUUUUCAUUAUCAAAAUCGGAUGAAGAAUCAACAUCUUCGACACAUUCCUCACGUAGUUCCUCUUGUUCUUCUACAACUGCCACUCAACAAUCACCAAAAAACUCUUUAACAUCGAUUGUCUGUCAACCGAAAACAACUAUUACAACAACUAGCUCUUGUGUUCAUCAUCAUAAACAGCACAAUGAACGAAAACUAGCUAAAUGGUUAAUUGAAAAUAAAAUUGUUGAAUAUUUAUUUGGACCAAAUUUACAUACAGAAUUAUUGAAACAAUGUCAGACAAUAUUAAAUUUUUUAACAGAAUAUCAUUUUUUAACAUUUGAGCAUUUAGAUUUAAUAUGGUCAUGUGUUGGUUUAACACAUUGUAGUCGUUAUAUCAUUGAUAUUUUAUUGCAAAGUCAACGUUAUUUUAACAGUGAUUUACUAUUGCAUCUAUUAGGUUUAAUUGAAAAAUAUGAUCGACAAUGUUAUAAUGAACAUAUUUUAGCUCUAAUUAGUAUCUUAACAAAAUCAUACUGGACUCGCCUUUUAAUAUCAUCAACAACAAAACAGCAGCAACAAUUAAGACAACGACAACAGCAAGAUAUGACAAAUAAACAACAACAAUUGAAUCGAAAUAAUAAUCAUCAUCAACAAAUAAAUUUAAAUCUUUUAAAACGUCAUUUUCAACAACAUCAUCAACAUAAUAAAAAUAAAAUGUUAACAAUUAAACAAAAUCGUCAUUCGCCAUUGAAGAGAAGUACUCAGAAUCAUCAGCGUCACAAUAUAACAAAUAAAAACUAUUUAAUUUUAAAACACACGCAAUUUCCGCGAGCACAACAAAUAGCUCGAUCAGAAAGAAAAUUGAUUCAACAAGAGGCUGUUCUUCGUCGAACAUCGCCAGUAUAUCCCAUGACACCUAUUCUGAAAAAGAAUGUGAAGAAAAAACAACAAAAAAAUAAUAAUGAUGAAAAUCAUGAAGAAAUAAUUAUCGUUGAUAAUCAAAAUUUAGUUACAACAAUGAAAUCAGAUAUAAAACAAACACAACAACAACAGUCAAAAUUAGAAAAAUGUUUAGUUAGUCAACAACAGCAACAGAGACGACAAUUACAACCAGAUAUUUUAAAACCACCAUUACAAUCGUUAACUAAUAAAAAAAUUAAUAAAUUAUUAGCAUUACAAGAG